UCCAUCUCUUCCCACAGAAUUUACGGUCUAAUUAGAGAAAAAAGUGCUGGGAAAAGAUACUGUGAGCAAAUAGUGCAAUGUCUUAUUAGGUUUGGUUAGUUCUGUAUUGCACAUUUCAUUUUAUUGUGCAUGUCUGCAUCUGCUUUUGUCUCAGUAAGCUGCCAAGGGAUUAAUAAACACGUUUAAUGGAUGGGUAGUAGUUACGUGAAAAUACUUAAGUGAGAAUGGGUGGCCAGGUAGGCAGUUAAGUCUUUGAAUUGAAAAUCUGUGCAUAAAUCCACAAGGAAGACUCUGCCGAGCUAAAACAGUGCAGAAAAGCACCUGUGUUGGAAACAAAAAAUACAGGAAGCGAGCUUAUAAUGCCAGUGCUCAGAGACAAAAUCUUAGGAGAAAUUCUUGGAGGUGAAAUAUGGGAGAGGGUGGGGUGUGGCAGUGUAAGGGUGUAGAGCUCAGUUGAAGUGAUGAUUCGAGAAGACCUUUCUUCUCACAGGAAUCAGUGAGGACACUGAGGAACUUCAUCUCAGGAAGAAGAUGAAAGAUAAUGUUGCUGAAGAACAUUUAUAUUUGGCUUUUUCUCAUCAGUACAGAGAUAGUAUCUUUCCUCUUCAUACAUCUAUCUCACUGUUUUUGCUAUCCUACUGUGACUGCAAAUUAUUUAAAGUUUUUUUAGUGCCGACUGGCGAAGAUGCGGGUGAUCAGUGCAUGACAAAAAACCUCGCUGGCGAUCUUGAGGUCCAUUUAAUCUCCAGGUGUCAGCUUCCUGUGGUUGUGCAGAGCUGCAGUUUACCUGCUGUUGUCGUGAAAGAUGACAGAUUCUGCCGAGCUGGGCUCUCUGUGGUCUUAAGACAUAUAAUACAGAAAACAUUUGAGGCAGACCCAUCUAAAAAGGACAUUUUGGGGCUCUUGGGCUUUAAGAAGACCUGCUUAAAAGCCUGUGCUGAAGUUAGCCAGUGGACCAGGCUGUGUGAGAUCAGCAUACCUCUGGCUGUUGAAAGAUUUCUGACGGCCUCUCCUGAGCACUGCCAGGCUAUUCCUCCUGACAUUUUACUGUUCGAAAGGAAGCUUGGAGAACCUGUCCGAGUACAUAAUGAUGACAAAAUUCGAAGGCAGAAACUUCAACAGCAGAAGGCAGGUGCCAAGGCUGCAGUGCCUGUGCUUGGUGAAAAAGCUACAGAGGAAUUAAAACCAGGGGAAGCCCAUGAACAUCCACCCUCAAGUUUGGAACUGAGUGUAGCUUUCUCUAAACUGCUUGCCCAGGAAGCACCAGAUGCAGUCAACAGGGAGGCCCCUCACAUCAGGAGAACAAAAACCUCUGACCUUCCGCUCUUGGACCACGUUUUUGCAGAAGGGCUUUAUUUUACUGUGGCAGAUCUAGUGCUUUUGCCAUGCAUCCAUCAGUUCUUGGUUUCCAGCAAGAAACAAGGCAAAAAUCUGGUAGACUUGCCACUGAUAGCCAGUUGGUAUCGAAGAGUUCAAGAAGUACCUGGAGUAAAGAAAGCUGCUGGCAAGUGCAACAUGGAGCUGCUCCAGCUUCCAGAGUUCGUGUCUGCUCCCAAGGAACAGCUGCAGGACUCCACUUCAGUUCCUGAUGAGUUAGAGGAGGAUAAUGAAGACAGUCAAUUUAUAGGUGGUCCAAGGCCCACCAUGACGAAGUUAAUGGAAAAUGGAAUUGAAGCAAAGUUUUCUCCUCAUCCAUGCCCCAGCUGGACCCUAGAUUGGACCAGUCUUCCAUCUGCAGUCAGUCCUGGGGAAGGAAAGAUGUCUAGAGACCGGGCUCUCAGGAAGCAGCAGCAGCUGAAUAAUUUGGUAGCAGCAGUGACAAAGCUCGCCAAACCUGGAGAUUUGAUUGUGGAUUUUUGCAGUGGAGGGGGCCACGUUGGAAUUGUUCUUGCUUAUAUGAUGCCAUCAUGUCAGGUUGUACUCAUAGAAAAUAAGGAGUUGUCUCUGAUCCGUGCUAAAGACAGAAGUGAUGAACUGGGUUUAAACAACAUUUGGUUCAUUCAAGCAAAUUUGGACUAUUUUAAAGGGAAUUUUAACAUUGGGGUGGCCCUGCAUGCCUGCGGGGUGGCCACAGACAUGGUGAUUGAACACUGCCUCAGGGCGCGGGCAGCCUUUGUCAUCUCCCCCUGCUGCUACGGCUUCAUUCAAAAUACAGUCAAGUUCAAAUAUCCACGGAGUCAUCAGUUCAAAGAAAUUUUGUCCUACAAGGAGCACAUGAUCCUCUGCAGAUUUGCAGAUCAGACAGCUGUUCAGCUUCCACCUGAACGCAGGCUAAUUGGAAAGCAGUGUAUGGGACUUGUGGAUCUGGAUCGGGCAUGGGCUGCAGAAGAACAUAACUACUCUGUCCAAGUUAUAUCUAUGGAGCCAGAGAGUUGUUCUCCAAAGAACAAUAUGUUUGUGGGCAUCCCUACUUAGAGUGUGAAACUUGCAUUCGAUUUGAAGCUGAACAUAAAUCUUCAGUGCAUAAUGACAUCCAGCAGAUAGUGGCAGCACUGGGAACCAGACAUCCUGCAUCUUGAACGCAUUGCCUUUGGAAAAGGGAAGCAGCCCCCAAAGUCCUGAAAAGCAAACUGCAUGCAGAGCAUCACAAAUCAACUUGUAAUGUGUCAUUAUGCAACUUUUGGUUCUCAUACUGAGAAGUUUCUGGACCUAAUGACUGUGCAUGGAAUUAAAUCCAUCUGUAAAAGUUUAUAAAAACUGGCUUUUUUGAAGGAAAGGUAAUUUGCUUUUCAGUAAAGCUCUGUCUUGGCUGCUUGGAAAUUGCAUUCAUGGUCAAAACAGCAUUUGUGUUCGUAAGCGCAGUAGUUAUCAGCCAGCAGUGCUGAUCACCAGAGGAACAGAGAAGAUGAAAUUUAUUGUGUUACUGAAGAUGCUGUGCAACAGGUGGUGGCCUGACUUUGCUGAAGAAUUCCAUACUACUGUAGAAAGAUUAUUUUUAAUAAAAGUUUAUCAGAAUA